AUGACGGAAGGGGCGUGCCCACGUGCCACCAUUGGCCGAGGCACCGGGGGACGGACCGGCGGGCGCGGCGGGAACGGCCUCCCGUUGGCCGCCGGCCGCGCAGGGGGAGGAGCCGUGCGGAGGCCUCGCCUCCCCGCCCAGGCCCCGCCCCGCGGUCCCUUCCGCGCUCGCCCCGGGCCCCGCCGCGCUCCCGCCGCUCCUGCCCGGCCCGGCCCGAUCCGGUUCCUCCGCCCGCCCGGCCCCGCUAUGGCCUCCGCGGCCAACCCCGGCCAGGGCGGUUCCGCGCCGCCACCCGUCGUCCAGCGCGGCAUCGUCAAGAUGGUGCUGUCCGGCUGUGCCAUCAUUGUGCGGGGCCAGCCCCGGGGGGGUCCCCCCCCCGAGCGCCAGAUCAACCUCAGUAACAUCCGCGCGGGCAACCUGGCUAGGCGUGCGGCUGCCAACCAGCCCGACGCCAAGGACACCCCGGACGAGCCCUGGGGCUUCCCGGCUCGAGAAUUCCUGCGGAAGAAGCUGAUUGGGAAGGAGGUGUGCUUCACUGUGGAGUACAAGACCCCACAGGGCCGGGAGUACGGCAUGGUCUACCUGGGAAAAGACACCAGUGGGGAGAACAUUGCUGAGUCCUUGGUGGCCGAAGGACUAGCUUCUCGGCGGGAGGGCAUCCGAGCCAACAAGUAUGUGCACAGCUCCCACCCCAAUCCUGAUCCCAAUCCUCAUCCCCAUCCUGAUCCUGAUCCCCAUCCUGGGCUGCUGCUAUGGGACAAGAACAGGAAGCUGAGGCCCCUCUACGACAUUCCCUACAUGUUCGAGGCCCGGGAAUUCCUGCGAAAGAAGCUCAUCGGGAAGAAGGUGAACGUUUCCGUGGAUUACAUCCGUCCUGCCAGCAACGCCACCGACACCAUCCCAGCCUUCUCGGAGCGCACCUGUGCGACCGUGUCCAUCGGGGGCAUCAACAUCGCGGAGGCGCUGGUCAGCAAGGGCCUGGCCACAGUGCUGCGUUACCGGCAGGAUGACGACCAGCGCUCGGCGCACUACGAUGAGCUGCUGGCGGCCGAGGCCCGGGCCAUCAAGAACGGGAAGGGGCUGCACAGCAAGAAGGAGGUGCCGAUCCACAGGGUCGCCGACAUCUCCGGGGACACGCAGAAGGCAAAGCAGUUCCUGCCGUUCCUGCAGCGCGCUGGCCGCUCCGAGGCCGUGGUGGAGUAUGUGUUCAGUGGCUCCCGCCUCAAACUCUUCCUGCCCAAGGAAACCUGCCUCAUCACCUUCCUGCUCGCAGGGAUCGAGUGCCCACGGGGUGCCCGGAACGUUCCAGGGCUGGCACAGGAAGGGGAGCCCUUCAGCGAGGAGGCCACACUCUUCACCAAGGAGCUCGUGAUGCAACGGGAGGUUGAGGUGGAGGUGGAGAGCAUGGACAAGGCCGGGAAUUUCAUUGGCUGGCUGCACAUCGAGGGCGUGAACCUGUCGGUGGCACUGGUGGAGCAGGCGCUGUCCCGCGUGCACUUCACGGCUGAGCGCAGCCCCUACUGCAAGGCCCUGCUGGCAGCCCAGGACGCAGCCAAGCAAAGGAAGGAGAAGGUGUGGUCACACUACGAAGAGACGCCAGUGGAGGAGGUGGUGCCAGUGCUGGAGGAGAAGGAGCGCACAGCCAACUACAAACCCGUGUUCGUCACUGAGAUCACCGACGACCUCCACUUCUACGUGCAGGAUGUGGAGACGGGCGCACAGCUGGAGAAGCUGAUGGAGAACAUGCGUGCCGAGGUGGGCGCCCACCCACCCGUGGAGGGCUCCUUCGCCCCACGCCGCGGAGACUUCUGCAUUGCCAAGUUUGUCGACGGGGAAUGGUACCGCGCCCGGGUGGAGAAGGUGGAGUCGGGUGGGAAAGUGCACAUCUUCUACAUCGACUACGGCAACAAAGAGACACUGCCCCCCACUCGCCUGGCCCCGCUGCCCCCGGCGUUCUCUCCACGGGUGCUGCCGCCCCAGGCCACCGAGUACACUUUUGCCUUCAUCCAGGUGCCGCAGGAUGAGGAGGCGCGGGCAGACGCCGUGGACAGCGUGGUCAGGGACAUCCAGAACACGCAGUGCCUGCUCAACGUGGAGCACCUGGGCCCUGGCUGCCCCCACGUCACCCUGCAGUUUGCUGACUCCAAGACCGAUGUGGGGCUGGGGCUGGUCAAGGAGGGGCUUGUGAUGGUGGAGCCCCGCAAGGAGAGGCAGUUCCAGAAAGUGAUCACUGAGUACCUGAAUGCGCAGGAGGCGGCCAAGAGCGCCCGGCUGAACCUGUGGCGUUACGGCGAUUUCCGUGCGGAUGACGCCGACGAGUUUGGCUACAGCCGCUGAGGGGCCGGGGGGGCCCUGGGGGAAUAAAAAAUCCCCCCCCCCGGGUCCCCCCCAUCCCAUCCCGGCCCCCCGUGGUGCCUUGGGGGAAGGGGCACCCUCCACCCCCCAACCCUGCCUCGGCACCCCCCACCGGCCCCCCCAAAUCCUGGCCUGUAUUUAAAACUGCAG